GGAUGCUUUUCUAAACGCUGGGAAAUCCCUGCAAAACCCAAAGGGGAUACUGAGAAAUAUAUGGCCUAAGAUUGAUAACCUUGACCUAGAUCCGUUCCUUUCUUGUGUUUCUCCAUGGACAGAGUUUGUUGCAGAGCAUUUUGGAUGUAAGCAGUUAAACAUUGCACUCAAUUCAAUUUUAACCAAGGUUAAAUGCAGCACUGAACUAAAUGAUAUCAGUGUUGGUGUACACAAAAUACUAGUGAGGAUAAUUACGCCCAGUCGGAUUCAAGAAUUAUUGGAAAUGCAAUCUUUUCUCUCCAUUCUCUCAUUAGUCAGAGAUGAGAGUUUGAAGCUGAAAUUAAACACCAGUGUGCUGGAGUGUAUUACUGAAAGUGGGAUAAAACUGGAUUCUCCCGUCACAGUCCAAAUAGGUCUUGGCAUUGCUAAGUAUCUUGGUUCCACGGUGAACGCUCUUACUCCCCUUGACCAGGAAAGGCAGGUUUCUGAGCUUAUCCUAGGAUCAGUGUAUGCUUCAAAGCUGGACAGAGUUGAACAACAGGUUCAAUACUUGACAGAAUGUCGCGCAGCAUUCUCACACCUUGACCUGGUUCAUGUCAACCUUGUCAGGGAGAUAAAUAAUCUGUCUGCUGUAACACCUAGCCAAGACAGAGGAAUUCAUCAGGCAAUGACUGCAUAUGCAUUUAUCACUAUUCCCUCCAUUAGAAGUCCACAAACAAGGCUUGAACUGUAUAUUCGUACUGCAGAGACAGCAUUCCAGAAGAAGUGUUAUGAGCAGGGAGAAGCUUGUCUUAAAGGAAGUACUCUUGUCGUUUCCAGGCUUCCCGAGUUGGAAAAAGAAGAUGGCGGAUGGUUUAGUGGAUUUCUGGAACUAGUGCUGAGAACUGUAUCAGCUGUUCAAGAACUUACUGAUGAAAAAUUACUGCAGAUUACAAAAGAACUCGUUUCUGCUCUAUUCAAUGUUAAAUGGAAAGCUCCAAAAGAGAAGAACAAAGUGCAGAAAGCUAUUCUCAAUAUUCUGCAAAGGCUAGAAGAGAAGAAAAAUGAUGAUAUUUUGUAAAAAAAUAUAUUUUGAUUUGUCAAUUUUGAUUGUUACGAAAAAUAAGCCUAAAACUACUUUAAGAAUUUUUAAAAAUGUCGUCCUUUUUUUGUUAUUAAACUUUGAAUCCUUAUUUUGUAUGUGUCUAAAUAAGCGUUGGAUGGUUUUAGCAUCUAAUAAAGUAUUUGAAAUAAGGUUAAAAAUAUACGCAUGUAAAAAAUACAAUGAAGACGACUUUCGGUUUCAAUUGUGAUUUUUAUCAAGUUCUUAAACAGCAUAGAUACACAAGUAAAUGGAAGUAAAUAGAAGCUGUUAAUUAAAAAAAAGCUUAAAUAUUUAUUUACAUGGAAACCUGUAAUUUGAAAAAGCUUGUUAACAAUAAAAACUGAAAUAACUGUAGUAUAAACACAUUCUACAUUGACGUAAUUAAACAGUUAGAAACAAC